GCAUUUUCUUUUGUUUACUGUUACUAAGUUUUCUGACUUGAGAUCUAUAGUUUCUGCAACUUGCAGAAAGCAUAUUGAAUCUUAGUUUGAUUGGGGUUUCUUCUUUUCAUCAGUGUUACUCAGUCUGUUUUGUUCUCUUCUCUGCUCUUAUUGACUAUUUCCAUGCUCAUAUGCAAGAAAUAAUGGAGGCACAAAGUCCACCUUCAAAGAUAGCCCGGCUUGCAGACUCUAGUACCGAAAAAGGAAAUUAUUUGACCAUGGAAAGACAUGGGUCUGGGUCACCUCCAAUUGGGCUAGGACUUGCACUUGGACGUAGUGGCUCGAUUGAUCAUCAUCAACAUCAUAGACCAAUACCUGCAACUGGCUACACAAAAUCAUCUUCUUCUUGUGGGUUCACCAUUCUUCAACUGCAAGAGCUCCAACUCCAGUCUCUUAUCUACAAGUACAUAGAAGCUGGAUGCCCAGUCCCUUACAAUCUUGUUCUCCCUAUAUGGAAGAGUGUUUCUAGCUCCCUUGGCAAUCUCAAUUCAACCUUGUAUCAACUUUACCCUAGUUUUAUGGGAGCUAGCCAAUUGCAUUUGGAAUAUAGGAAUGGGAUGGACCCAGAGCCAGGAAGAUGUAGAAGAACAGAUGGGAAGAAAUGGAGGUGCAGCAAAGAAGCUCUACCUGAUCAAAAGUAUUGUGAAAGACACAUGCACAGAGGGCGCCAGCGUUCAAGAAAGCUUGUGGAAGCUGCUUCUCAAACUAAAACCAGUGAUACUGCUACUAGUACCAAUCUCUCCAUUUCACUCCCUGCGAGUAGUGCAACUAGUAAUGUUAAUCCCUUUCCAAUGUGCGGUUUCUAUUUAAAUACUGAUCAUCCUGGAGCUAUUCAAAACAAUUGAUAAAAAAUUUAAAAAAUAAAAAUAAAAAAGAAGAAGAGGUCCCAUUUUCAAAUUUCUUUUGUCAAUCGAAUUACAUUAAUGGUUAGGAGGACAGCAGACAAUGAAGAGUAAUAGAGAAGGAGAGCAGUAUUGUUCUAAGACAGUGUUUGUAAACCAUGAAUUGUAACAUCAAAGUUACCAAAUUCACCAAAUAGGGAAAUUGGUAUGUCGUGUUUUCAGCAGUAGAAAGAAAACGCUAUUCCGGUUUGUCCAUUGUUAUUAUUCAGUGCUGUUACUUGUUUGUUACAAGAGGAUAAAAGUUUCAUGGCCCCAA